GGAAAAUUUGUUGGGUUAUCUUCUCUACUGCGAAAAGCGUCACGAGCGACACAUUGUAUCCAUUUGAUUUGAUACACGUCAGUGAUGGGCGAUAGUUAGCACGUUUAUGUAUUACGGGCGUAAAUGCGCAGUGACUGAUUACGACAGAGGUACGACAAGAACUCAAAAUGGCAGACGACAACAACGAUAGUAUAUCGGAGGAGAUUUCGGAAAAUAAAUUAAAUCCGGCGGAAGAAAGAUCACAAUAUUUUAAAAAGCUAGAGGAAUGGCUUCGCGAGGCGUAUGCUUGGCAAAGUGUUGCGGCGAUGUUUCCUUAUUAUGUGAUGUCGGGUCACAUUGCAAAUUCAACGACACCCGCUUCAACAUCUUUCCAACCAAGUGAAACACCAACUGUGCUGAAUAGACAAGGAGUAGUAAUUGAAAAUGUAGACAGACAAAACGAUUCGGGAAGGCAAAGGAGGCUCCAGGAACAACCCACAGGACCCUAUCAACCUCCAGGAACUGACGGUUACGAAUAUCGUAUUCCUUCGAUUUGGAAAAGAUUUGUCGCAGAAGUAAUAGAUUCGACGAUGCUGUUUCUCUUGAAGUUCUCCAUUACCUUUAUCGCGAUCGAUGUUUUCGACUUUAUAGACCUCGAAGAUUUAGAUCUAUUGCAAACAAAUUUGCGUAUUGAUUAUAAGAUGGCUCUAGAGAUGACUUAUGGAAUUUUAAUCUUGGAAAUAAUUCAUCGUGUAAUAGUUUGCAUUUUCGAGGCCUUUUGGCUUCAACACGGUGUUUAUGGAUACAUCGGAGGCGCCACUCCUGGCAAGUACAUAAUGGGCUUGCGAGUGGUUCAGUGUCAAAGUAUAACUCCUGUGCAACGUCCGAACGAACCAAAUUUAGUCUUAGUAAGCCCUGGGACUGAUCUGGGUUUGCCAUUGGCGUUAGGCCGAUCAGUGGCGAAGAACUUCGUGCUUGCGUUUCUAUUCCCAGUUUGUUUCUCACUGUUCUUCUUCAGAUUCAACAGAACCGGCUACGAUCUAAUCUGCAAUUCUAUUGUCAUAGAGGAUCCAUAUAGAAAUACGAACAACAAUCGAAUACAUCAGCAAUAGUUUCGUCCAAGAGACUAUGCUGCAUGCAAUUCUGUGAUGUGUAUAUAACGGCUGUUUAUGCUUUUUGUGUGCGUGCUUUUAUUCGAGUAUAUGACAAAAAUGUAAAAAAAGUAAUAUUACUGCAGCAGAAGUAAUUUCUGCAAUUUUCCUUAUUGAUUCAGAAUUGAAUUAUACAUAUUGGAAAAACUUCUGUAAAUUUUGUGUGUAUGGUCUUUCUUUUGAAUAAUAGUUAAUAUGUUAGAUUUUA